CACCCACCGAACAUCAUCCUACCACACCAAUUUCAGCUGGGUUGGGCUCUCAAUCUCGCUCACGCACACACAUCCGAUAUUAUACAUAAGACCGAGACCGAAGAGUGGAUCCAUCCAUCCAUCCAUCCAUAUCUAUCCACAUAUAUCCAUAUAUAUACGAGCCAUCCCAUUGAUCCCGUAUCCAGCACACGGCCCGUUCUUUGGUUUGGUCUCCUGGCCGUUCGUGGGCGAAUCCUACUCGUACGAGCACACCUCAAACUUGCGUGCUUAAUCAUCAUGGCCAAGACGUAUGACUACUUGUUCAAAUUGCUCCUCAUCGGCGAUUCCGGGGUGGGCAAGACAUGUGUUCUCUUCAGAUUCUCCGAAGACGCAUUCAACGCCACUUUCAUCUCAACCAUUGGUAUUGAUUUCAAAAUUCGCACAAUCGAGCUGGAUGGAAAGAAGAUCAAGCUGCAGAUUUGGGACACUGCGGGUCAAGAACGCUUCCGUACCAUCACCACGGCCUAUUAUCGCGGGGCCAUGGGCAUCAUGUUGGUGUAUGAUAUCACCAAUGAGAAGUCUUUUGAUAACAUCAAGAACUGGAUCAGAAACAUCGAGGAGCACGCGUCGGCCGACGUGGAGAAAAUGAUCUUGGGCAACAAAUGCGACAUGAACGACAGACGACAGGUUUCAAAAGAGCGCGGUGAGGAGCUCGCGAUAGAAUAUGGGAUCAAGUUCAUGGAGACCUCCGCCAAAGCCUCAAUCAAUGUUGAAGACGCGUUUUUCACCUUGGCCCGGGAUAUCAAGGCAAAGAUGGAGAAGCGAUUGGAAGCUCAAAACCCCCCUCGCCAAGAACGGGGUCACCAAUUGGGCAAGGACGAUGCUCGGGGAAGGAACCUUAUGCAGUGGUUAAACAGGUGUUCUAUACUGUGAUAUUAUCUUCCACUACAUGAGCAACAACCGCAACAUUAUCGACUAUCUUCAACAAAAUACAGAAUUCACUUCAUGAUCGCAAAGUUUGUUGGGAGGGUCUUCUCCAGAAGUACGAAAUAUUGACAGCAUUGACGUGACUUGUGAGCAUUUUUUCAUCCCUUUGCUUUUGGUUGGUUUACUUACCGACCCCCUUCCACUCCCUACCCCCAUUGUUCCACACAGACACACCUCAAACCCCCUUUUUUUACUACCCUUUCAAUCGCCACCCAGGCCUAAGGUGGUGGAGAAAUAUAUAAUUCAUUUAUUUGUCGAUUUACUAUCGUCCCCAGGCCUCUUUUGCGAAAACGCCUGUUUGUGUGUGUAACCCGAGGUUGUACGUAGUAGACUGUCCCCCUAAAUUUGUUGACAGGGAUGAAAGUAUCAGAAACUAUUUCAUAUUUUGCCGUCGGAUUUCGGGAUCCCUGUAACAUUUUUUUGUCCUUUCGAAAUCCAUGACGUACCACAACUUGAUCGUGUUGUUCAAUUACUAUAUUGAAACCACAGCUUGUCUUUGUAUUCUUCCUAUUUCAAGUGUUCCAAGGGCUGUUCGAAAAAAACAAGUAGUAACUCCAAACUGACCUAUACGUCUUGUGCCCUUGUUCCAACUUGGAAUAAUAAACAACUUGAUACGCGCA